AUGCGGGCUAAAGAUGGGGAAAUUCUUCCGCGCAUUCCGCAUCCAAAUCACGAUGAUGUCAUUCCGUGUACAUCUGCAAUAUUUGUAGAGAUGCGAUCAAAUGAUUCCACAGAUUCUCUACCAUCAAAUCGACAAUUCCCUUUCUCAUCGACCUCUCCUCCUCGGUUAAAAUCCCGUCGACGAAUUUCCCGAUUCUGUUUCCCGUUACUUCUACUGUUCGGGCUUUUCUCUGGCGGCAAUGCGUUGAAAUGUUAUUGCACUGAUGAUCACUGUGUACCGUUUGGAGCUUGUGAGGGUCCAGCAUGUCUUGUCGGCAUUUUGCGCGACACAAAUCAAGUGAUUCGAACGUGUGGGACGAGGCCAAUCGGAUGCCAUAAGGACGAUGAUGAGAAAUGGACGGAUCUGUGCGCGUGUGAUCAACCGUUUUGCAAUACGUUCUCGUAUUUGAGAUCACACACCCGAAAAGAGACGGGUAUCCCGUCGGAGGAUACUCCUUUGAUAUUUCAACGAAUGGAUCGACCCGAUGAUGGGCAUUAUCAUAUGCCCGGCCCGGAUGCGCCACUUUCCACUCGAAGUUCGAUGCUGACGACUCUUUUAGUGGUUGUUCCACUCACCGUCGGUGGAGCUGCCAUUGCGGUUGUCGCUUUCAACUACUACUGCCAUCUAUGC